UUUCUUAUACCCACUUGCAUGCCUCCUCUCCUCUACACACUUCAGAGAAAGCCACAGCUCCCCAAUGCUUCUCUAGCUAGCCCAUUAUCUCUCUCUAGCUAGCUAGAUCACAGGUGCAACUUGGUCUCCUAGAUUCAUCAUCAAGACUUCAUGGCGAACCGGUGGUGGGAUGGCCAUUUGGGGCUGCCGGGCGUGGCGCCGGAGCAGCCGUCCGGCUCGUCGGGCCCCAAGGUCGAGUCGCUCGCCCUCGUCGUCAAGGACCCUGAGACCAGCCCGACGUCCGGUGGCGGCGAGCACGCGGACGAGAACAAGGAGGCUGUCGGUGGCGGCGAGCCGCGCGAUCUGGGCGCGGUGGUGCCGGCCCCGAACCGGCGGCCCCGGGGCCGGCCGCCGGGGUCCAAGAACAAGCCGAAGCCGCCCAUCUUCGUGACGCGCGACAGCCCCAACGCGCUGCGCAGCCACGUGAUGGAGGUGGCCGGCGGGGCCGACGUGUGCGACGCCAUCGCGCAGUUCUCUCGCCGCCGCCAGCGCGGCGUGUGCGUGCUCAGCGGCGCCGGGACCGUGGCCAACGUGGCGCUGCGCCAGCCGUCGGCCCCUGGCGGCGCCGUGGUGGCCCUCCACGGCCGCUUCGAGAUCCUCUCGCUCACCGGGACCUUCCUGCCGGGGCCCGCGCCGCCGGGGUCCACGGGGCUCACCGUGUACCUGGCCGGCGGGCAGGGGCAGGUGGUGGGCGGCAGCGUGGUGGGCUCUCUCGUCGCCGCGGGCCCCGUCAUGGUGAUCGCGUCCACGUUCGCCAACGCCACCUACGAGCGCCUGCCGCUGGAGGACGAGGACGAGGGCUCGGGCCCGCCGAUGGCGCACGACCCGCUCAUGGCCGGCGGCAUCCACGGGCACGGGCACGGGCACGGGAUGCCCGACCCGUCGGCGGCGAUGCCGAUGUUCAACAUGCCACCAAACAACGGGCAUCUCGGCGGCGGCGGCGACGGGUUCCCAUGGGCGCCGCACUCCCGCGCUCCCUACUGAUGGCGCGGCAAUGGCGAAAUGGCGCGUGGUGCAUGCUGCAUGGUUACUGUUCCAUUGGAGUCACUUGGCGCCAUUAGCUAGGUUAGUACAUAUGACGAUCCAAGCUAUCUAGUGGUGAUUAAUUAGAGCGAAUUCGUACUGCUACUUAGUUUCUUAUGUUGUUAUGGUCAAAUAAUUUUCUAAUUUGCUGGUGUGUUUAUUGUUGUCUACUACUGAAUCAACUGAGCUAGAGAUAUAGCUAGCUCUGGUCAAUUCAUGCAAUGUUUGGUUAAUUCAUGGAGUUAAUGUUUGGUUCCUCAUCCAUCCGUGAUCCG